GCUGACAGAUGUUAACCAGCCGAACUGCUUGUGUUUGCACGUCUCUUUUUGACUUUUCAGUCAAUCAGUUUGUUAAAGAAACGCGUCAAUUGCACUCUAAACUGUUGCUGUGCGUUCGUGAGUGAAAAGUGAAUCAAUGUGAAGUCAAUUUCUUAUUAAAUAAAUAAAAGUUUAGCGGCACAAGAGCAGGAAAAAACCUCUACUAGUUUGCAUAUCAGCUGAGCGAAAAGCAAAAAUUUAGAAGAAAAAAGUGAACGAGUGUCGGAAAGUAAAAAUAUUAUAAAAUUUUUUGAAGGCGCAACGCUUCUGCAUGUUAGCAAUUAUAACCAGCAGACACCAAACGCACUCGCAAUCGUCUGUUAUGGCGACCGACAGCAGCAAAUAGGCAGAACAUCUAAUAAAAAAUGUGAUUUUCAUGUGCAAAAUAUAAUUAAAAACUAUCAAAGUGUGUAUUUGAAAAAAAGUUAAUAAAUAAAUUUAAAAUAAAAAAUAUUAGAAAAAAUCAACACCGUGCGCUGCAUGAAAUAUAUAUGUACAUAUUUUUCGCUUUACUUGAUAAGCGCAGGAAUUUGGCGUCGCAUCGGCUUCGGUACGCUUUGGAUAGAGGCAAGCAUAGAAAGACAACAGAAAUUUUGAAUACACCAACCAACGUUGACCAAUUGCAACAUCCAGGCAAGACGCAAAGUCUUUUGUAAAUGCAAACCGUUGAUGUGAAAUUUUGCAGCAGCAACGCCUGAAUAUAACAAAUUCAUAUAAAACGCAUAACUGUAUACAAGCAAAGACCGCAAAAAUGCCACGCAAUGGCUGUGAGGCCAACGGAGGUGGUGCAAACGAUGGUUGCACUUAUCCCGAUGAGCUGAUCAUGGAGCAGGGUGUCUCGUUCAAUGUGCGGUACACCGGCUGUGUGGAGGUGAAGACUUCAAUGAAAUUGCUGAACUUUGAAACGAGAACCAAAGUUGCACGUGAAUGCAUCAAUCGCGUCUGCGAAGCCGCCGGCCUCAAAUCCGCUGGUAAACGGCGCGUGGAUAAGAAAAUCCUGCAGUAUAUAUCCGAUCAGCCACACAUGCAAAAUGCCGGCACAAAUGUCAUCAUCAACGUGUCAAGUCGUGCGCUGGAUUUGGUGAAUGCAGAGACGGGUCAACGCUUAACCAGUCACAACAUGCCACACAUAUCUUUUGCAUCCGGCGGCGACUCGGACACUUUAGACUUUCUGGCAUACAUAGCCAAAAAUGAGAACGAGUGGCGUGCUUGUUACGUGAUCGAGUGCAUUGGCGGACAGAGUGAAGAUUUAAUAUUGACAAUCGGCAAAGCGUUCAUGUUGCGCUUCAAUGCAAUCAAACAUUUGAAAAAUCAAACCGGUGUAAAUCUCAACACUCCAGUGGAGAAUAGUAAAGACUACUACAAUGACUUACCCGAUAAAUUGCCACCGGAAUUGCUGCAUGAAAACGAUUUACCCCCUGAAUUAAAGCAGCAAUUACUACAACAACGAUUACAACAGCAACAAGAACAACAACAACAGCAUCAGCAGCAGCAACAACAGCAAACGCAACAGUCACAAUUACCUCAAAACAAAGUGGGACAUCUGAAUUUGAAGAAACCACGUGACCGUCUCAGUAGUAAUCUAAUUGACUUGAAUAGUCCGCCACCCGACCAGACUACCACCAAAAUGAACCUCAACAAUUUCGACCAGAUGGCCGGUGUCGAGGGUGCGUGUGCGCUUCCACAAGUGCCCGUACAUGAUGUCUUCGAUAUGCAGCCCUUUUCGCUUUCCGCCGAGGUGCAGCGCUCUCAACUAAAUACCGAAUUGUGGUUUCAUGCGGGCAUCAGUCGUCAAAUAGCAGAGAAUAUGCUUAAGAAUGAUGGUGAUUUUUUGGUACGUGAAUCGCAGGGCAAACAUGGUCAAUAUGUGCUUACCGGUUUGGAGGUGAAAACACCCAAGCAUUUGCUACUCAUCGAUCCGGAAGGCGUUGUGCGUACAAAGGAUCGCAUUUUCGAUAGUAUCAGUCACUUGAUUAACUACCAUUGGGCUAAUGCAUUGCCAAUCAUAUCGGAGGAUUCGGAAUUGGUGCUGCGCAACCCGGUGCUGCGGCAAUCCACAGUGCAACACAGUGCACAACAGCAGCAAGCAGUGCAUCAUACAGCAGCAGGUGCGGCCGCCGCCGCCGCUGCUGCCACUACCGCCACUGCAAUGCAACAUCAUCAGCAUCACACACUACAACAACAUACGCAUCAUGCGCGACCGAUUGUGAAUUCUUGAUGAGGCUACUGAAAGCUUCCUGAUGAGGAUAGAAGGAAUUGAUAAAGCAUUGAGAUUUUUAAUAUAAAAUAUUUGUAUCGCAAAUAAGUUAGGUGUUUAAGUUGCACGUAGUGAAGAGGAAGAAAGGCAAAAAAAAAAAAUGUGUCUGAGUGUCAGAAUGUAUUUUGUUUGUGUAGUGGGAUUUUGAGUUUUUUCGAAAAUCCCAGAAAUAGAUGUAAAAUGUAUUAGUUAAUUGUUUACAUUUGUAUACUCGCUUUGGGCUCCUUGAAUUCGUUCG